AUGUUCCAUGGAUUGCCAAGUGAAGACCCCAUUGACCACCUUGAUGAGUUUGAUAGGCUUUGUGAUUUGACAAAGAUCAAUGGUGUCUCUGAAGAUGCCAUCAAGCUGAGACUCUUUCCUAUGUCUCUAGCUGACAAAGCUCACCAAUGGGAGAAGAGCUUGCCCCAUGGCACAAUCACCACUUGGGAUGAAUGCAAGAAGGCCUUUCUUGCUAAGUUUUUCUCCACCGGUCGCACAGCCAAGCUUAGAGGAGAGAUAUCCAGCUUCAUCCAGCGAAACAAUGAGACAUUCGCAGAGGCUUGGGAGAGGUUCAAAGGGUACACAAGUCAGUGCCCACACCAUGGAUUCAACAAUGAAUCACUACUCUCCACUCUUUAUAGAGGAUGCUUGCCUAGGUAUAGGGAGAUGCUAGACACAGCUAGCAAUGGGAACUUCCUCAACCAGGAUGUAGAUGAUGGCUGGCAACUUGUGGAGAACAU